AUGCUGGACCUCGAGAAGGGAACGGCUCGCGCCUACAACUGCUACAAGUACCCUGGAACAGGGGUGCUGGAUGCUGUGACUGACACGGCGCAGCAGACUCGGAUUAUCGCCGCAGAUCUGGAGGGCACCAUCUGGGUGUUCUCGAUGCGUGACAAGCGCGACUGCAAGGUGGAGCAUCGUUUCCCCAGCAGUGCGACCCGCGCACCGUUGUCUCUGGCAUCCGUGCGAGGUUUCGUUCUGGUCAUGGAAAGGGCCCGCAGUUUCACCGGUAAAGCGGAGGCUGGUUCGGCUUCCCGGGUGGAUCCUGGGGUUGUGAUGAUCAAAUGA